ACACACACGCACAUGCACGCGCGCGCACACACACACACACCAGUGGAAAUGUGUUUCAAGCCAAAAGAUACAUCAUGAAGUCAUUCUGCAGCCUCCACUCAGAACAAAGCUUUCAAACAGUUUUAAGGUUUUAGAUUUUUCUUUUUCUGAAGCCAAAGCAACAAACUAAUGAGGUCAACUAGUAAUGUUUUAUUUCGGGCUCUGUGUCCUCUGAUGGUCCUUAGCAGCUGUUGUGUCUCAGAGUGAGAGCUGGGGUCUGGACUCUCCAGAACUUUCCAACACUGAUCUUUUCCUGAAAAUCACAAUGACCCUCCAGUGGACGACAGUGGCUGUUUUCCUCUAUUCAGAGAUUGCAGUUAAUCUGAUCCUGUGUGUACCUUUCAUAUCAGCACAACGAUGGCGUUUGGUUUUUAACUGGAGAAUAUGGAGCUGGUUGUCUCUGUACUGGAACAAAUGUUUCUUUGCAAUAAUCAUGGUUCUUAUUGUUCUAUUCCUUGACGCCAUCCGAGAGGUGCAGAAGUACUCGGAUGCAGACAUGCAGGAUGCUAACGCAAAUCCAAACCUGUACGAUCAUGUCCACAUGAAGCUGUUCAGGGCUCAGAGAAACCUUUACAUAUGUGGUUUCUCUCUCUUCCUUUGGCUCGUCAUGCGUCGGGUUGUCACUUUGCUCAGCCAGGUUGCUGCCACCUUGGAGGACAGCGCAGGUCUUCAGGCGCAGGGAGAACAGGCCUUCCAAGCUGCUGAGAAGCAACAGGAGGAAAAUGAGAAACUCAAAAAAGCUCUCCUAGAAGGGGAAAAAUCAACAUCAGCAACAGAGCAACAACUGAAGUUGCAGAUCAAAAACGUAACAAGUCAACUGAGGGAUGCACAGGAAGCUGUGCAAAAGUCCCAUGCUGAAGUUGAAGCAAUGAGGAGGCAGGCUAAAGGUCUGGCACAGGAGUACGACAGGCUAUUGAGGGAACAUCAUCAGCUCCAGAAUCUUCAUGGUGCUGAAGACAAAAAGGAUCAGUAAUCACUGGGAUGCAAAGGGCAGCUGGAUGAGGUCCAUUAUUAUUAAGUACAACUUUAGAAACAUGAAUGUUAAUAUACAUAAUGUAUUUUGUUAUAACAUAAUGGUAGCAAUACUGUAAAAGUAUAUAUUUAAUAAUACUGCAGAACUUAAAAAUAAAUUGGAAAAUGUA